AUGAGCUCAGAACGAAGUGUUAUUUUCCCCCUGAUCAGCAUUGCACUGUGGUGGUGGGUGUGCUCAGCUACACCCCUGCCAGAGACUGUCCUCAACCAAUUGGAAUUUGUUCUUAGGAUUAGGCGUGAUGUUGCUAACAUGAAGAAUGAUCUGCGUACAGAAUUCAAGCUUGGCAGUGAGUACGAACUGCAACUGGUGCAGGAAAUCCUGCGCAUCGAGCAAGUUGAUUAUUCCCAUUGUCGGAAAGACCUCUGUAACAAAGAAGAUUGCUUCAACCAGAUACAGGCAGGCCUCAGCACCUACCUGCACAGCCUCUCGCACGUUGCCCAGAUGCUGCCAAGUUUCUCUGAGAGAGUGACUGACCUCCAGCUGGAUCUCUCAAACCUCUCCAGCAACAUCCAGCACCAGAUACUUGAGAGUGUGGCGACCACUGUCACCUACCCCCAGGGAGAAACUCUGGACUUGCAAAACCAGAGAGCUAUCGGAAGCUAUCUUGUCGUCCGCAACCUUGAGAAUUUCAUGAAAUCGAUUGCCCGGGCAUUGAGGCAUUGUUAUUCAUAAUGUGAAGGGAUUCUCCCAUAAGACCCCUGGAGUAGAAGGGUCCUGUGCAUCCUAAGGAGGACCU